CAACUCCAAUGAGGCGACCCAUUUCAUCCGUCCAUGUCCAUUUGGGUCUGUGCGGACAAAAACGACUGCCCAACGCAGAGACCCAUUUCCAUUUUGCGUCCGCUUUGUGUCCACGCGGACCCAUUUCUGUCUCAAAUUUGGGACACAUUUGUGUCGGCGGCGGACACAAAGCGAACGUUUUCUCUGCUCUCCUCGUCCGCUUCUGCCCACUACAUGUGUUGCAUGACCCACAUGUCAUCCAACCACCCACCUCAUCUCUCUCCUCCUUUCCUCUCUCUUCUCCCACCCACCCACCCUGCUCCAGACCAUCAACCACGCCGCGACAGUGCCGGAGAAGGGCUCGGGCUGCUGGGAGGCGCAGCUGGGGCUGGAGGCGCGGGGGCAACCGGGUCGUAGCAGGCGGCGCGCGAAGUAGCCUUGGCGGGGCGAGGAGGAGUGACUCGGGCGCUGGAGCAGUGAAGGAUGACCGGCGCGCGCGCGCGAAGCCGGCCGCGGAGCGGAGCCGGAGCCGGCGGGCGAAGGGCGAGGGGCGGAGCUGGCGGGAUGUGGCCACGGGCGUGGAGACUGUCGGCGGCAAGGGGACCAUGAGCGUGGUCGCUGGGGGCCGCGGAGGGCAGACAGUCGCGGACGCGCAGCCGGCUGGUGCGGGCCGCAGGUCGAGGCGGAGCCGGCCCGGUGCAGGACGGGCAAGGCUGCAGCCGGCACGGGUCGAGUGCUCGCUCGCGUGGGUGUCGGAGAUCCGGGCACCGGGGCAGAAGACGCGGAUAUGGCUCGGCUCCCACUCCACCGCCAAGGCAGCCGCGCGCGCCUACGACGCCACGCUGCUCUGUCUCAAGGGCGCAUCUGCCGCCGCCGACCUCAACUUCCCCGUGCGCUUCCCCUUCGACCUCCCGGCCGCCGCCAUGUCGCCCAAGUCCAUCCAGCGCGUCGGCGCAGCCGCCGCCGCCGCCGGGGCCAGCGCUUAUGUGUUCGACCUCGCCGGUGCCGACGACAGUGCUAGCGCUAAUGCCGUCGACUUUACCGGUGCCGACUACAGCGCCAGCGCCGUCACCCCGGAGUACUACAGCUCCUCCGGCGAUGCCUCGCCGGUGAGCUCCCCGGAGACGGCUAGCAGUGGCACCACCGACCUCGACGGCGUAGACCUCCUGUGUCGCUGUAGCCAUCGGCCGUCUAGCCGCUGCCAACCCCGCUGCCUGCUACAUGUUCGACGAAAUGCCAGAGCGAACAUGGCAAAGUGCGUCAAGCCACCUGUUGGGUGCACAUGCAGACUCAAAUCAAAAAGUGGACGCCGUUGUCCGUUUCAUCGACCCAAAUGGACAAAAAACUGACGAAAUGCAUGUCUGUUUGGGUCGGCCCGUUGGAGUUGCUCUUAUCAAGCUCUCUCUUCACGUAUUUUCUAUACACAUAAUAAAGAUUGAGAGCAUUCCGAGAGAAAGAAAACAUCAUAGAGACGGAGGUGACAGCGAUUGUGAACCUGGCCGGAGCUAGCGACGAGCCGACGACACAGAGUAGCUGCACCAGCGAAGGCACACGUCCGAGGAGGAGAUUUAGAGCAACUACAACAAGUAGGAAAUCAUGUCCUCUAAACGCAUGCGGACGCGUUCGUGUACAUUUGCAGAUAGUGAC